AUGAGCGACUUCUCGCAGUAUGGCGGCGCAAGCCAAGAGCUCCUCGAUGUAUUGGCAACACUUCCCGCAAGCCCACCCGACUCGAGCAGCGUCGAAGAGAUCAAGAAAGCCACAAAUCAAGGGCGCGAGAUGACCUCGCGAGAGGAGUUUAGUCUUCUCAAAGACCAAAUCUCCCUCCAGGACCACUCUGUACCCGCCCGGGAUGGCCAUAUCCUCUCCGCUCGCAGCUAUCGACCCACGACCAUACCACUGCACAUCACCCUUCCCAUCUACAUUCAUUUUCACGGAGGAGGCUUCCUCUUCGGCACGCUCGACUCCGAAGACGCAACGUGUGCACGGAUAGCCCUCGCAUCCGAUGUCGUCGUCUUCAACCUCAACUACCGCCAUUCUCCCGAAUGGAAAUAUCCCACCGCAUGGCACGACGCGGAAGAUGCAUUCGAGUGGGUCGUCGCUCAUGCCUCGAAAUCCUUCCACGGAGAUCCCACACACGUGGUCGUAGGCGGCGUAUCGGCAGGCGGACACCUCGCAGCAGCCCUGACACUGACCAAGAAGCGCGAGAACGCAUCCUCGUUUGCGAAUAUCAAAGGACAAGUCCUCAUGAUCCCGGGCCUCGCACACAUGGCACACGAAGAUCAACUCAAACAUCGGAGUGACAUGCACCAUCGAUCCUCGUACCAAGAAAACGAAUUCGCGCCAGUGCUCCCCGUGAGCAAGAUCAACUGGUUCAACGACCUGGUCCACUCCCAAGCUCCUCUCGCCUCGGAUCGCCGUGUCAACAUCCUUGCUGCAUCACCCGAAGAAGUUCACGGACUCCCUCCGACCACGUUUGGAAUCGCCGGGCUGGAUCCCCUGAGGGACGAGGCAUUGUUGUAUGCAAAUGUGCUGGCGGAGAAUGGUGUGCCGACCGAUGUGCAUCUCUUCAAGGGUGUGCCGCAUGGCUUUCGGAGAUUUGGGGUGCAAAAGUUGUCGCUGUGUCGAGAUUAUGAUCGGGUGAUGCAUGAUGGGAUUCGGUGGGCGCUGAGCCAUCCUCCGGCGAACAUCAAGGUCGAGGUGAAUGUUCAUGAGGGGUCAGUCAGGUAG